UUUUGACAUUGUAAACAAAUCUCAUUCUCAAAUCUCAAGCAAACUACCCCCAAAAGUCACAAAGUGGUGGUUGAGAAUUUUCUUUUUCUAAACAAAAACAACUCAACGCGUUCUGGUUUUACUAAUACAAAACAAACCCUCUCACUUUUUUUUCCCACCCCUCUAUCUCCUUCUCAUAAAAAAGAGAAAGAAAAAAGAGAAAAAAAAUCAACCCCAACAUUCUUGUACCCUUGAUCCUUGGUGGGUUAUCAACAAUUUUCCAUCUUUUCACUUGAAUUGAAAUUUUUUUCCUUGUGAGAAAUGUGCCCUUUAAGGUUCAUCUUGGUGUUCUUCUCCGCUGUGCUAGCGGGUUAUUUUGCGUGGAAAACGGUGCGUUCUUCGCCGGAGAUGGAGCUAAAUUCCGAGGAUUAUUCUGCCCAAGAAGACAAAUCCCCCAAGAAGGAAAAUUUUGAUUUCAAAAAGAUGGUUGAGAAUGGAUUUUGGGUAUUCGUUGACAUGGCUAGUGGGAGGUAUCUGUGGAGGAAUUUGAAGCCAAGCAACAAAGAUGUUGAAUUGAAGAAUUCUUAAUUAGGGAGGGACCCUCUUCUUUGUUUAGUGAUUUGUCUUGUAAAUUCUGGGUUCAAGAAUGUUUGGUGGGUGUUGUGGAAAUUGGAAUUCUCAUUAUUCUGCAUAUUUUGAUUAUUUUCUUUGUUUUGCAAAGCCUUACGAUUAUUAUUGUUACUAUUAUCUCUCAUCA